GGAGGAGGGAGAGAAAGACGAGAAGAGGGGACACCGCACACUUUUGCCUCCCUGAUGAGAGAGGGGACUAUGAACUAACCCGCCGCCGGCACAGAGCGGGGAGCGCAGAGAGGGGCUCAGAGUGAAGGUGCGGGAAGUUGAGGAGGGCGAUCAGCUAGAUGUGUGAAGGAUAGGGUGUCGCGAGAGGCAGGGUGAUCCCCCCACUGACACUUUUGAGACACAAACAGGACGAGUGGGGGCAGAGACAGGGAAGCGUGCAAAGGAAAAGGCAGGAAUUCAACAGGGAGAACAUUUCACGAAGCCAAAGAAUGGUUUGCUCUCCUGCGUUAUCCAUCCUCUCACACUUGUUUUCUACCUUCCUCCCCAAUUCAUAACGCCAUCCUUCCUUCCCUCCUUGCUUUUCCCUUUCUUCUUCUGCUUCUGCACGUCAGCCAAAAGCACGUCGAGCAUCCUCGGUGGACGUGCAGAUUUUUCUUGUUGAGUUUAAGCGAAGUUGAUUUGGCUGGAAGCGGGGACUCCGUCAACCGCGCUCGUGGCGCCAGGGAGGACGCUUCCGGAUCAUCUUUGCAGAGAGCCGGAGCGGCCGGAGCUGUCGGGUCGAGGCCCCGCCGGUCGCCUGAGCCCCAUUGAACCGUUUUUUUGCGGGACGAAACCCGCGAACCGGCUUAUCUCCAAAGAGCGCGGCACCUGUGUUUUUUAGGGAUUACAGAGGGGCAUCCUGGGAUGCGCAGAUGUGCAGAUGUGCGUUGGGAUUAUGUCCUAGACACACAGAUCCACACAGGUGUUGCAGCAGGAUAAUGCAACAACAAAAAAAAUCUCCUGCCGAAUAUAGUGCCACUGUAGGAUAUAAAAGGGAGGAACUCCGGAGUGGAGGACAUGGCAACGCAUUACCUUCCCCAGAUUACCACAGAUCGAGUGUGAUCGCGCCUGGGGUGUAAUUAGACCGGCAGGUCUGGGGCUUUGACAGGGGGUCAUAGUUGUUUUUCAGCUAAGCCGAGGGUAGGUAGAAAACUCAAAUCCUCACCCAGACCCUCUGUGGAAUAACUUCUGUCCCUCCCCGAGGACUCUGUACCGACCCGAAGCACACACAGAGCGACGGUUAGAGACCCUCAAGGACUCCCUCCCUUCCCACAAUGAGACGCUCGAGCACGGACGAGACUCCGUACCGGCGGAGUCCGUCCCUGGACAGCAAGGCGGACUCGCCGCCGUUCACCUCCGGGUUCCACCGCUUCAGCGGCGAGUUCGAGUACAAGCGGCCGCCGUUUGCGUUCGGCUUCCACACGACGAAGGGGCCGCAGACGUCGAAGGGCCGCUACGCCCAGGGGAAGAAGUAUGUGGUGUUUUACCUGGACCUCUCCUUCAUAUUCCUCCUAGAACUGCGGCGUUGCAGGAUGGCCGAGGGAUGCAUGAUGGCCCUGCGAUACGGAAUGGUCUUCUUCAAUCUCCUUUUCUGGCUGGGAGGAUGCGGCAUACUGGGGGUGGGGGUCUGGCUCUCGGUGACCCAGGGGAACUUUGCCACCCUGUCAUCAUCCCUUCCCUCCCUGUCAGCGGCCAACCUGCUCAUUGCAGUCGGGACUAUCAUCAUGGUGAUCGGCUGUCUGGGCUGCGUGGGCGCUGUCAAGGAGAGCCGUCCUCUGCUGCUCGCGUUCUUCAUCCUCCUCCUGCUCAUCUUCUUCCUGGAGAUUCUGUCCAUCAUGCUUUUCUUCAUCUACCAAGACGAGAUUGAUCACUACGCCCAGAGGGAUCUGAAGAAGGGCCUCCAGCUCUUCGGCACAGAGGGCAACGUGGGCCUGACCAACGCCUGGAUGAUAGUACAAACUGAUUUUCGUUGCUGCGGCGUCACCAACCACACUGACUGGUUCGAAGUUUACAAUGCCACCCGUGUGCCGGACUCCUGUUGCCUGGAGUACAGCGACAACUGUGGCCUGGACAACCCAGGAACGUGGUGGACGGCGCCGUGCUACGAGCGGGUAAAGGACUGGCUUAAUGAGAACCUGGUGGCUCUUUGGAUCUUCGCUCUAUGCACCGCACUCACUCAGAUCCUGGGCCUCGUCUUCUCCAUGACGAUGUUCUGUCAGGCAGUGAAAGUGGAAACCUUCUACGCCUAGCGAUUGACCUCUCUGCCCUUCCGGCACACUCGGAUUGUUUCUCCUCCGACGGGGGUCGGCCCCCUGCCCUCGUCCUCGUCCACGUCCUCCUCCUCAACAGACUCUUAUUUCCAACUCUUGUCCUCUCCUUGACAUUCGCUCUCGAGUGUCCCCCCCCCCCUCUAACUAUCAACAAGCACAGUGUCGGUGUAAUUACCUGAGUUGGUCGUUUAUGGUUUCGCUCUGUGUCGAAAAAGCUAAUUUCUGUGAUGCAUUUUUUUCCGACGCUGUAUUACGAACAAAUGUAUAAAAAACUAAGUGUAACCCCUUUUUUAAUAUGUGUUUUGUUUUUAAAUUAUUUCACGGUUUGUAUGUGUCUUCGAAAAACGAGAGCUUCGAAUGGGGAAGGCGCAACUGUGUGAAGUGCGGCAAGUGCAUGUCUCCCGCAGUGGUGUUUAUUAAAUGUUUUUCUGGCUCGACUAAA